AUGAUUUUGAAGACGGUGCUGCAACAUCAUCACUACCCGCGGCAUCCUGAGGAGUGGAAAGCGGCACCGCAGCAGCUCCAACAGCAACACCAGCCGCGUCCACCACUCGAACAGCACCAGUGCCCGGGUUAUAACCAUCUGCAAUCCCAACAACAGCAACAGCAGCAAAAGCAACAGCAGCAGACGCCUAGUGCCAGCUCAGCAGCUGGCGCACGGAGGAGCCUCUUCGGCUCUUUCGCCCUAGCGGAAGGCAGUGGCAGCGCUGCGGACGGCGCAGGGCAACAACACCUCCAGAAUCAACAGCAGCAGCCGCAGCGCGAGCAGUGGUAUCAGCAUCAUUGCUCAUCAUCACCCCCGCCGCCUCCGGGAAAGUACGGCAGCGGCGAUGUGCUGCUCGCUACGCCGGCUGCAGCAGCCAAGCCAGGGGCUGCACCACUGACGCCCUGUCCUGGGGCCCACAACCAUUACAGCCAGUACGGCAACUACUACAAGUCACCACAGCCGGGGCCGCCGCCACCGCCGCCAGCGGCGGCGGCGGGACCGCGUUCCGGAGCCUCCUUGAUGUCGUCGCGGGCGGCGGCGGCCGACUGCUGCCGUGGAGGUGGGAGCGGCGGCGGCGGCAACGGCGACGAUGACGUGGCGGCGGCUGCUCGCCGUCAGGGUGCGGAUCUUGUGGUGAUGGCGGACCUGUUGAUCGGCCGGUGGCGGGAGCGCUGUGUGGCCGCGGAGGAUGCGGUGGGGGGGCUCCAAUUGGAGUUGCGUCUGGCGGGACGGCGGGUUUCGGAUCUGGAGGCCGCGCUGAGGUCAGCGGUUUCGGAGCUUGACGCCGCAAAGGAGCGGGCGGCCGCGGCAGAGCGGGCGUGCAGCGAGAGAGACGGUGAGACGCAUGCUGAACAAAGGGAGCGUGUGGCGGAGGCGGCGCGGCGUGCAGCGGAGGAGGCGGAGGCGGCCGCGGCGGCGGCGCAGGCAGCGGCACGGGAGCAGGCGGCGGAGGCGGAACGCCGUGCCCAGUCAGGCUGCUGGGUGGCGGAGGCGGAGGUCUCGCGCCUGACGGCGUCCGCCGCCGCAGCGGAGGCGCGCAUCGCCGCAGAGGCGGAUACUGUACGACAGCUCCGGGAGGAAGCUGAUGGGGCCGCCGAGGCGCACCGGGGCGCGGAGGCGGCUUUGCGAGCUGAGGUAGCGGCGGCGCGCGCGGCGGCGGAGGCGGCGGAGGCGCAAAGGUUCAAUUUGGAGCGGUCCGUGACGGAGGCGCGGGCGCGGGCGGAGGCGGCGGAAGCGGCGGCAGAGCGGCAGCGACGCGCCGCGACAGAGGCGCGGGAGCAGCUGGUGGAUCUGAACCGCCAGUUGGCCGAGUCGCGGGCUGAGGCGGCGGCGCUGGGGGCGGCCGUGGCGGAGGGCGGUGCGGAGCUAGCAGCGAAGCGGGAGGCGGUGUCGGAGCUGCAACGCGAGCUGAGCCGCAGCGGUCUCGCGGCUUCGGCGCUCCGGACCCAGCUGACGGAGGUGGUGGGGACGAGAGCUGAGUUGGCGGCACGGAUUUCGGAGCUUGAAGCGCGGCUGGCGGAGGCGACCGACCGGGGCUGUGCGCUGCAGUCGGAAGUGGAGUCCCUGGGCGGCAAGCUGCUGGAGGCAGCCGGCGAGAUGGGGGCGCUGCAGCGGCGCUGCGAGGGGACGGAGGCGGCUGCGGCGGCUGCAGCGGCGGAUGUGGCCCGGCUGGCGGGUGAGGUGGAGAUGGGGGCCCAGCUGACGGCUCAGCUGCAACGAAGGAUUCAGUGCAUGUGUGGUCAGGAGGAUGCCCUGGCGGCACAGUCGUUAGAUACGUUGGAAGCGCUGGCGGCGAUGUCGGAGGCCGCGCUGCCGCGAGUACGGCACGCGAUUGUGGCGGCGCGAGUGGCGGCGGCGCGGUCGGAGGCUGUGGAAGCAGCUGCGUGCGCGGUGUGUUUGACGGCGGGGCGCGACACGUUCCUUAACUGCGGUCACAUCAUUUGUCGCAUGUGCGCCGAGAGAGUGGAUCGGUGCCCCAUUUGCCGAGCGGACAUCUACAACCGAUCCCGGGCCUUCGUGUAA